AUGUUUAAGAAGGACAUCUUUCGCGCCAACGACGGCCCAAAGUCCUGCAGAGAACCGGUCCAGGCAGACUUCACUCACAGCGGAGAAGAGCUCCAUAUCCGACAGGACUUGAGCGACGAGGAACUCAAGGAGCUUAUCAGAGGUUUGCCGAGAUGGAAGUCGACCGGGCCCGAUGAAGUACCGUACGAAGCGAUGCAGCUCGGAGGCGGCAUUUUGCGGAACCAUCUUUUACGGGUGUUCCAAGUUUGCCUGCAGAUGAGCUACCACCCGGCCAACUUCAAAGAUGCGAUUCUCGUCAUGGUACGCAAGUCACCUAAGCCUGCCAACCUGCCUACCAGCUGGAGGCCCCUGGCCUUGCUGUCGUGCCUCGGCAAGAUUCUCGAGAAGAUUGUGGCUUCAAGGAUGCAAGAAGCCCUCAAGGCAAAUCCACAUCUUCUACCGGCAGGACAGUUUGGCUGGAGAACGACCUCGGAAGCCCUCGAGUAUAUGCUGGACAAGAUAUACAGUGCCUGGGCCAUGUGCAAGGUUGUUACCAUCAUGGGGCUUGACAUAAGCGGUGCUUAUGACAAUGUCUGGAGGCAGGCCCUCAUCCAGACUCUGGCUGACAAGGGCUUCCCACGAUGGAUCGUCAACAUGAUUCAGUCUUUUCUCUCCGAUCGCACAGCAUGCUUCAACUUUCCUGGCAUCGUGUCCUCGCCUUUCGAUCUCAACACGGGUGUUCCCCAGGGUUCGCCGCUCUCGCCUAUCCUUUUCCUCUUCUUCGCCGCUCCCCUUCUCCAGCGUGCAAAGACAUUCAAAAAUUACCCUGUCGAGGCGGAUGGCGAGAGGAGCAAAGUCGACCUCUUUGCAUUUGCAUUCGUUGACGACAUUUACCUCAUGGCCAUAUCAGACAACUACGCGGCCAACUGCAAAGGUCUCGAGAUGUUGCACGAGGGAGUCAUGGACACAGCAAACGAGCUGGAUCUUCGUUUCGGGGCCCAUAAGUACAACAUCAUGCACUUCAAGAAACCACAGAGCAAGAAGGGCCACAACGACGUGAUCCCAAACAUACCGGGCUUUUGCAAGAAGCCAGAACCCAACAUGAGAAUCCUCGGCGUUAUUGUCAGCAGUGAUCUUACUUGGGGAGAUCACAUUUCGAUGGUUAUUAGCAAGGUGAAGCAGAGGAUGGGGUACCUGAGUUUCAUAUCUGGGCCACACUGGGGUCCCAAUGUGAAGACAAUGCGCCUCUUCUUCAUAUCCAAGAUCCGACCCGUCUUCACAUAUGCCUGCGGAGCAUGGUUCAUCAGAAGGGAACGGGACGAAGACAGGAUCAGCUAUCAGAUCAACAACAAGCAGAUGAAGCGUCUUGAGGAUGCCUACACUUUCUGCCUUCGCAAGAUUUCCGGGGCUUUCUACCGCACUGCUCCGCAGAUUCUGGAGAAAGAGAUGUUCAUCGAGAACAUAUGGACAGUUCUCCAUUCACAGGCCACUCUACAUCGCGCCAAAUUGCUCUCCGCUCUUCCUCCAUCAUGGGUAUCAGACAAGAUCUUCAACUUCUUGAAGUCUGGGGUUCGCAACCCGUAUGAUGAUCUGAACCUUGAUGCUUGGGCAUGCAUCAUGAACCUGCACGAGUCUAUCAACUUUAACGAAAAGCCAGAUUUCCGCGAGGCAGGAUUGAGAGCCCUAGAUGAUCCAAAAGCUCGCAACAACAGACUGAGGGGUUUCAUCAAGGUUCAAGCGGCCCGAAGCUACAAAGUCAGAUGGGAGAAGUAUAUCCUACAACGAAGGGUUGAGAGAGCCAUGACACCUCGAGGGGAUAACACCGCUCAGCUACCUGCUGUCCUCCGGGAGCCUUGGGGCAAAGAGAGCCUUGGAUACUACGACAAGAACAUGACACGCGCCCAGACUACCAUUCUCCUCCACUGCCGGACCGAGUUCAUUGGACUCAAGGCUCAUCUUUCCAAGAUUGGCAUCAAGGAAGCGGGACCUGGCCGCUGUGCAUGCGGGAAGUUUCGAGAGACGCCAUUCCAUCUCUUUGUUCAGUGCGAGAGGCUCAAGGACGCACGCAAGAAGCUUGAGGAGGAACUUGGUCAUACCACCUAUCAGGACUUGCUCACCAAGGACAGCCAGGUUGCAACCCAGUGGGCCUUGAAGUACUUCGACAUUGAGCAGUUUGACUCGGUGAGGUCAAAACACACGACGUUUGAGUCGAUUCCCGGUAUCAUCUCUCCUCGACUCGGGCAGUUGGACGAUGCAGACUCCCCACCUACUCACUCACGGACUCCUUCCCAUCGCUCUGCUGGGCAGAGGAGAUGGCGUCGUUGA